AUGUUCGCCGAAGACUUGGGCCGAAUCCUGAGCGGGAAGUAUCCUGGCAAGACUCACGCAUUGAAGGUCGUGGGGCUCUUACGAGAGAAGGUUCCUAAUGCCAGGGGUUGUCUUUAUCUCGAAGGGAGAAUGUCAAAGUUGUUGGAAGAUAGCGACGAGCUUGAGCCAUUCCGGCAGCGUCGACACUUCUACUAUCUCACAGGUUGUGAUCUAAGCAACUGCUAUUUCGUCUACGAUAUCGAAACCUCCAAGUCGACCCUGUUCAUUCCUCCUGUUGACCCUGAAGAGGUUGUCUGGUCCGGUCUUCCUGUAAAUCGCCAACAAGCGCUCGAGAAGUAUGACGUUGAUGAAGUCAAGUUUUCGACUGAACUAGAUAAUUUCCUCUCGCAUAUUGCCGGCUCUCAGAGCUCGACAGUCUAUACCAUCGCAGACCAAGUCUCCUUGCACAUCAAAUUCAGGCCUGGCAAUGUCGACUCAUCCAUGCUCAAAGGCCUCAUCGAUCGGUGUCGAGUCGUCAAAGAUGAUUAUGAGGUAGCCAUGAUCCGAAAGGCAAACGUCAUAUCAAGCCUCGGUCAUGAAGCCCUCAUGAAGCGAGCCUCUGAGGCAAGCAACGAGAUGCAACUGGAGGCGACGUUUCUGGGCCACUGUGUCGCACAUGGUGCGAAAAAGAUGGCCUACCCCCCAAUCGUGGCUGCUGGUCGCGCUGGAGCUAUCUUGCAUUACGAAGCCAACGAUCAACCUCUUGGGGGAAAGCAGAACCUAUUGGUUGAUGCUGGCGCUGAGUGGAAUAACUACGCCUCUGAUAUUACAAGGUCUUUUCCGUUGUCAGGCACCUUUACGAAAGAAUCUCGACAGAUAUACGACAUCGUGUACAAGAUGCAAAUGGAAUGCAUUGCCAUGAUUAAGGCAGGUGUAAGAUGGGAAGAUGGCCAUAUGCUUGCCCACGAGAUCGCCAUCGAGGGUCUACUUGAGCUCGGCAUCCUACAGGGUGCCAAGGCUGACAUCCUGGGCGCCCAGACGAGCUUGGCCUUCUUCCCACAUGGGCUUGGUCAUUUCCUCGGACUUGAUACUCAUGACGUCGGAGGGGAUCCCAAUUUCGACGAUGAGAACAAAUACUUUCGGUAUCUAAGAACCAGGGGUACACUUCCAGCCGGAAGCGUAGUCACGGUUGAACCCGGUAUUUAUUUCUGCGAACAUAUCAUCCGUCCUUAUCUUGAGGAUGAACGACACAAGGCCCUCAUCAACUCGGAUGUUCUGGAUAAAUACUGGGAUGUCGGUGGCGUUCGCAUCGAGGAUAAUGUGCUUGUAACACCCACUGGCGUUGAUAAUCUGACUACGGCAAUCAAGGAUCCCAUUCAAUUGGAGGCAAUGAUAAACGGGCACCGAGGGCGUCGUAGUGGGAUUAAUUGGACAGGCAUCUUCAAGUCUUGA